AUGUUCCAGCGGCGAGCGGCCAGCCCGCCCGCGGUGCUGCCCGCCAUGGACGCAGCGGAUACGUAUGGCUUCGCCGAAGGGCAGGUGCUGUAUACUGAGGACGACGAGGCGAACGACGGGCUGCCGUCGGCAACCGGCGACCUGUACUUUGCGGUCGACGAGCGAGCCGACGAGUCGCUGCACAUGCUGGCAGCGCCCGUGCCGUACCCGUGGAUACCGACGCCAAAGCACGCAAAGCGCAAGCGCCAAAACCACUUGACCAUAUCCGUGCACACGGAAAGCUCGUCCAGCGACCACGAGUCGCCGCGCACCAUUGCGCCGACCCGUCUUGAAGCGCUCAUGGCGCCAGUGCUGCCACCCCAACCCGUCGUCGCCAAGGAGCGCCGACACGACACGCUCUUGGCGCGCGUCCGAAACAAGAUUCUCUCGCGGCAGGCAGAGGACAGCUCGCGCCUGCGCCAAUCGCUGGAUCGCGACUACUUGGCGCCCGACACGAGCGACUCGGGCGAAGAUACGUUGGCUCUCGUCGCGCCGCUGCUGCUGCCUCCUCCUGCGUCGUCGUCGGACAAGAUAAGGAUGGCACCGGUAUUGCACGACCCGCGCCACCGGCAACUCAAGGCCAAGCCGCCAACAUGCGACUCGCCGGAGCCGCCGCGUCCGUUACCAGACCCGCCGACGUCGUUUUUUCUGCCAUUCGUGCAUGUGGUGCCGGUCAAGCGCGUCUUGCCGCCGGCAAUGGCUCACGGUGGCGCCACCAAGAAGAGCAACCCGCGCACGAUCUACAACUGCGUCAAGUGCGGGCGCAUGAAGCGCGCGCACAUGUGCGCCUUCCCCGACAACGUGCGCUCGAUGGGCACGACGAUGCUGGCGACCACGACGCCGCGCGACCACCUCUCGCGCUACUACAAGUGCGGCCGCGUGCUCUCCAACGAAUAA